CCGAUGGCUGCCAACGACGAGAUCCACCUUGCUGAGUUGGACGAAGAAGCUGCCCUCCCAAGGGCUAGUACAAUCGCGACAAAGUCGCGUGACAGCUACCUUAACUCUGCCGCUUAAAUGCUGACUUGGAUGCCGUCCCUAAUUGCUGCCGAGCUCUGCGACGAGCUGCAGUUUGAUUGCAGGGGUGAUGCAACUAAAUCGUCAAUUCUCGCUGCACUCUCGUCUGCACCGGACAACCCCCCCCCCCUGCUUAUAUUUAACGAAGUGACGGUGGCUGACUUUUAGCUUGGAUAGUGUUCAUGAAAAACAAAAACGACGGUCUCCAUUCGCUCUCAACCUAUUAAGGGCAUCGAUCGGCACUGUAUAACCUUAUUCGCGACUACCAUUGUAUCAUGACUCCUCAGCUAGAGCGCGAGCUGCUAGCUGUCAUUUUAAGGAUUUGCAACAUCGAGUUGCGGGUGCAAUUAGCUGUAGGAAUGGAUCAAUUAAGGUUAACAAAGAUUCAAUGACUUUCGGU